AUGGCAUAUGUUCCGACUUCGCACACACACCCGCCGGCAGCAGAUGUUUCAAUUGUCGUCGAUGCAGAGGCAUCGCCCAUGACCGAGGCACCGCCUAUCCUCACGACAAGUACCAAAGUUAGCACAGCUAGUCAAACGGUAGAUACGAUAGAACCGCCGGCAAAUGCUCCUCAACUCCUCGUCCCCAAUCAAGCUGCAAAAGAGCGACCCGAUGGAAAAGGAACCUUCUUUGGUGCAGGUGGGGCCAUUUUGAGGGAAUUCGACAAGUCUCGCAGCCAAAGCCGACGGCCUUCGCGCCCAAGCUCUCCUCCAUCAGAUCUUCAGCCGACCGCAGUCUCAGGCAUCGGAGGCAAAGUAUCAAAGCCUGAUUACUCCGAAUUGAAGAUCGUCGUGGCCAUGGUAGGACUUCCCGCGAGGGGCAAGUCAUAUCUAAGUAACAAGCUUACUCGUUACCUAAAGUGGCUGGAAUAUGAUGUUGAAGUAUUCAAUGUGGGUCAACUUAGGAGAAGCAAAGCCAGGGCUAAGAAAGAGAAAAGCGGCAUAACCGAGGACCAUACUGCAUCUUACUUCAGUCAUUCAGACGACAAGGCAUCUCAACUGCGAGAGGCAUUGGCCGAAGAAUGCCUUGAGAACCUGAUUAGUUGGUUGAAGAAGGGAGGAAAUGUCGCUAUUCAUGACGCCACGAACAGCACAGCAUCUAGAAGAGAAAAAAUCGCGGCCCGAGUUGCGGAAGAACCGGGAUUGGUAACCUUAUUCCUAGAGAGCUGCUGCGAUGACCCAGCUGUCAUUGCAGCAAACAUUGCUCUCAAGGUCUCGUCCGGGGACCCAGAUUACGCACAUAUGUCAAGAGAGGACGCAGAACGUGACUUCAGGAACAGAAUUAAGCACUACGAGGAAGUCUACGAAACCAUGACUGAACCACAUCUUAGCUAUGUCAAGAUCAUCAAUAUAGGGUCCCAGGUUCAAAUGUACAGGAUCCAUGGGUAUCUUCAGUCACGCAUUGCUUUCUAUCUCAUGAAUUUGCAUCUCAAGCCGCGUAGUAUUUUCAUGUCACGGCAUGGAGAAAGCCAAUUUAAUGUUGAAGGGAAGAUUGGUGGCGACGCACCGUUAUCAGCUAGAGGAAGGCAAUAUGCAUCUGCAUUGCCCAAAUUAGUUAGGGACAAUAUCAAGGAUGCUGAACUGACCGUUUGGACCUCGACUCUUCAAAGAACGAUUGAAACGGCAGCUCAGCUGCCUUACCCUAAACUCACUUGGAAAUCGUUGGAUGAACUCGAUGCUGGUGUUUGUGAUGGAAUGACUUACGAAGAGAUUGAGGCCGCCUAUCCGGAAGACUUUGAGGCUAGGGAUGACGACAAGUUCAACUAUCGUUACAGGGGUGGAGAAUCGUAUCGAGAUGUAGUGGUACGAUUGGAACCAGUUAUUAUGGAGCUUGAGAGGCAAGACAAUGUGCUUGUGAUUGGACACCAGGCAAUCAUACGCUGCCUAUACGCUUAUUUCCACAAUCUUUCACAAGAAGAACUCCCCUACAUCAAUAUUCCUCUGCAUACAGUCAUCAAGCUAACUCCUAAGGCCUAUGGCUGUGACGAAGAAAGGUACACGCUGCCUAUUGGUGCAGUAUCGACGCACCGGCCAAAACCAAAAAACAGUGGCGUCAAACCUCCGGUCGCUGCUGCGUCCUCGGCGAGAGAUUACUACGGGCAUCAGCCAAACGCAAAUUGA